CUGUUCCCAUUGGAAACGGUGAUAUAUCCUGGGUUACGACAAUGGUGUUGGCGAAUGGAAAGCUGCAUGUGCCACUACGCAUGAGUUUACACUACUUCCUCGUUUACAAAACCGUAUGGCUCCAACUAAAUUACACAUUUCGAUUGUUAAGGAGUGGGUGCCGUGGAAACCACACAUGUUUACUUAUCAGACAGUUGAACAUCUCUCGUAAUAGAAUGGACAGUGAGAAGAACAUUGAAAAUAGGUCUAUUCACUCGGACAACGUCGAGGAAGUUCAUAACGUGCCAAUGGAAGUUAUCAUACGACCAAUCCCUCCUCUACUAGAUGAGUCCAAAGUUCAGAGCCUUAUGGGUACAAUCCAGGAAUCUACAGACAUCAGCAUUGUUCCUCCUAUUGAUAUACUCUGGAUCAAGGGCAUGGAAGGAGGGAAUUACUACUACUCCUUUGGAGGCUGUCACCGGUUUGAGGCAUACAAACGGUUGAAAAUGAACACCAUUCCAGCAAAGAUCUUCAAAUCAAAUGUUGCAGACCUACGCACUUACUUGGGCUCUUCAACCCCAGACCUACAUUGAAGUUGGGGCGGUAGGGUAGCCUAGCAGUUAGUGUUGUACUAGUAACCAAAAGGUUGCAAGUUCAAAUCCCUGAGCUGACAAGGUACUAAUCUGUCGUUCUGCCCCUGAACAAGGCAGUUGAAAAUAAGAAUUUGUUCCUAGUGAAAUAAAGGUUAAAAAAAAGUUUAAUUAACUGAGGACUGUUUUUGAGUCAUAGUCAGUAUGAGGACUGUAGAUGUGGGUAUACUCUACACUGAGUGUACAAAACAUUAGGAACACCUGCUCUUUCCAUGACAGACUGACCAGGUGAAUCCAGGUGAAAGCU